AUGACUCUAGCAUCACCACUCACAGAGUCCACCCUUUCCCCAGUGUAUUAUGAAGAUCCACUGAGUCAUACCAACUUCUCCGAAUUACAAUCCCACUCGCUGGGAGAUUUAGCGGAAGCUUUGGCCGAAGAGUUUGCUUCCCCAACUGCCCGGCAAGCCUCGCCAUCAUCAGCUGAAGGCGAGCAUAGCAGCCGCAAGCCGCGUCAUGGGUUUGUCAGCCCGUUCAAGGAUUGCUUAGAUACUUUCGGAAAGCUAUCGUCACUGCGGUUCCCUCGUCCUACAGACGGCACGGUCAAUUCGUAUAUCAAAUUCAAUUGGCCCAAGCGAGAUGAGCAAAGUAGUCGCCCAUCGUCCAAAUCGGCUGCCACGCAGUCCAGCGAAGAUUAUAAUGGUCAAAACGAAGAUGUCAGACAGCUGCGUCAGUGGUCUUCAGCCUUAGUUGCUGCAAAUUAUCACUCAGCCCAGGCAUCUCCCCAAAGCACAUCAGAGCAAUUGUAUUUGGAACAGCAGGGGAGAUACAGUCGGUCGCCUUCACUCCAAAGCAGCAGCACGUCGCGCUCUGCAAUUCUAAGCCCUUCCAGCUCGAGUACUUGUGCCCACUCGUGGGAUCCACGAAGUUUCGAUACGUUGCGCCAGAUGGCAGGAUAUACUGUCCCUAAGACCCCGUCGCAUUUCGGGUUCGUUUCCCAAAUGGAUGAUAUGGAUAAGCGCUUUUUCGAUUUUUAUGUGAGGAACUGGUGCCCCGGCCGGAGUAUCCUAAAACAGACCAACCUGUGGCUCACAGACUUCGCUUGCAUGGAGGGAAGCGAGGGCGUGCGAAGCGCAAUUCAGAGUCUAGCCGGCGUAUAUGUAUACGAUUAUCAGCCGUUAGAAAAAGUAAGCAAACGGAUUAAUCUUCGCUAUCGCCAGGCUGAGGCUCGCUUGAGCCACCUUCUCGAAAAGACAGACCUCAGUGUCGAUGAAGCAAGCGAGCUAAUUACCAUUUUAUGUAUUAUGUCAAUGCAUGAUAUUGUCCUUACUGAACGCCGUUGCAAGUGGCCAGAAGUCCCUAGAUGGCUGAAAGGAACUGAGCUAUGCGAGCACUUUCUUGAAUCCAUUGAUGAAGGGUCACGAUUCUGGUCCAAAGACAACAUCCAACUCUCUUCUCUCCGCAAUUCCCAAUCCGUCAUUGUUGGUAGAGCCCUUAUCCUCUCACAGCUCAUGACACCUCUUCCCUCGCCAUAUACUUUCGAUCCCGUAAAAGAAGCCAAUCGCUUUGGCUGGCUCCUUUAUGGCAAUAGUCGAGACAUGUAUGAGGUUCACGGCGGUUGUGGCUUCUCUAAGAAACUGCUCCACUGUAUGCGCCAGAUUACAUUCUGCUCUGCACGGCUAAACCAGUGCCCUGAAUCCCCCGUUGUUCCCAUUACUAUUCGGUAUAUACUUUCUGAAUUAUUAGAUAUGAAACAAUGGAGCAGCGCGCCUCUUUCCAAUCCGUUCGAGGUCGCCCAGAUACAAUCUCAGGCGAUUGAAUGGGUCCGCGCUGCUCCAGAAGGGUACAUGGUCAGCAAUACCACUGAGAUGACAGAGGUUACCGCGGAAGCCUGGAGAAUUACGGCUGUUAUUUACUUACAAUGCCGCGCUCUAAGGCUACCUCGAAACCAUCCAGACGUAAUUGCAAAUCUGAGUUAUCUUGCUAAAUGCGUAAGCAUCAUGCCAACCUCCGGGUAUUACUUCACCGCCCAGGCACCCCUAUUCCCAGUUUUCCUCUUGGGUAUGCUUGCUACUAUCGCUGAACAUGCCAAAAUUGCGCAAAAAUGGUUUGACAGCGUCACCAGCGCGCCAGUGAGAAGCAGUGUACCUCCACUGUAUGAAACAUUAAAACGCAUAUGGACGUGGAUUGAUACCGAGCCGAGCAUUGUCGUUGAUCUCAAAUCACUAGAUCAUGAUAUCGGCAAGAGAUAUCCAUGGUGGGAGCACCUAAUUCAACGCGUGCAAGAGAAAGAACAAGAGAUUCUAUGCCUAACUUGA